AUGUUGCAGGUGAUCCGUGGAUACACACAACUUUCCCCCAGAGAUCAAUUUCUGGAGUGUCAAGUUAUAAAAUCAUGGCACACUCGGCUUGGGGAUGAUUACCCUGUUCUUCCAAUUCUGCAGGUUUUGGUGUUUGUACCUCCUGCCCCUGACCGCCCGCAGCCAAGCAUCCAGUCCGCGACGGAUGCAAUCGUCAAACUCAAGUACACCACUAUCUGCGGCACGGAUCUGCACAUUAUCAAGGGCCACGUGCAGUCCGCCACGCCAGGCCGUGUGCUAGGCCAUGAAGGCGUCGGCGUGAUCCACGAAGUCGGCUCGAGCGUCCAGGGCCUCGUGCCGGGCGACACCGUGCUCAUCUCGUGCAUUUCGGCCUGCAGCGUUUGUGGCUUUUGCCGGAAGGGGAUGCCCUCGCAUUGCGUCUCGGGCGGGUGGGUGCUGGGCAACCAUAUCGACGGCACGCAGGCGGAGUUCGUGCGCAUCCCGCAUGCGUCAUCAUCGCUGUACAAGCUGCCCGCCACGGUCGACUUGACGGCCGCGGUCAUGCUGUCCGAUGCGCUCCCGACGGGAUUGGAGUGUGGGACGCUGGAUGGGAAAGUUUCGCCAGGCAGCACGGUGGUGAUCAUCGGAGCCGGCGCGGUGGGGAUGUCUGUCAUGAUGACAUCACUGCUGUAUUCGCCGUCGUUGCUUGUGAUAGUGGAUUUGGAUGAUGGGAGGCUGUCGAUGGCGAAGCAACUAGGGGCGCAUGCGACGGUUAAUAGUCGGAACUCCGAGGAGGCGAUGGACAAGCUGUUGAAGAUGACGAAUGGAGAGGGGUUUGAUUGUGUUGUUGAGGCGGUGGGUACUCCUCACACCUUUCAGUUUUGCCAGAGUCUUGUUGCCCCUGGCGGUUCUAUUGCCAAUGUGGGCGUGCAUGGGACGAAGGUGGAGUUGUAUAUGGACAAGUUGUGGAAUCGGAACAUCUGUAUCUCCACACGACUCGUGGACGCGGUCACCACUCCAAUGCUGUUGAAGCUUUUCACAGCGGGCAAAUUGGAUACCGCCAAGCUCAUAACGCACCGCUUCAAAUUUAAGGAUUGUACGCAGGCAUAUAAGACAUUCGGUGCUGCGGCAGAGCAUAAUGCUCUGAGGGUUUUGCUGAGCAUGUGA